AUGGCAACCGCGAGCGGCGGGAUGAAGAGGGGACCCUUGAGAUCCGCGAGUGAGCGGAUGUAUCCAUGGACGGAGCUUAUCGACGGAGAACAUCCAGGAUGCAGGAGGCCGUAUCCACAAGACAAUACGGAGCAGUCUGAAAGAUAUAGAAAAACGGCCUUGGGGGAGAAAAAGAAACCCCAUAAAACCCUUCUCCUGGCUGGAGAAACUGGAGCAGGAAAAACAACCCUCAUCAAUGUGAUGAUCAACUACUUGUUGGGCGUAAAGAGAGAAGACCAGGUCUGGUUUGAGAUCACGGAUGAUGAGAGCGACCGAACAUCAGCUGAGAGUCAGACCUCCAUCAUCACCGUUUACGGGUUUUAUCUACAAGAGAGUCCAGUCCAUUUAACACUCAUCGACACACCAGGAUAUGGAGACACCCGCGGAAUCGAUCAUGAUAAAGAGAUUGCCAUGAGUUUAUGCAGCUUAAGUAAAUCUGCAGAAGACAUCGAAAUAAAUGCAGUCUGUCUGGUGAUCAAAGCAGCAGAGAAUCGUCUCUCCGACAGACAAGUCUACAUAUUUGAUGCUGUUCAGUCUUUAUUUGGAAGAGAUAAAGCUGAAAACAUCGUCUUGCUCAUCACACACUCAUUUGGCGUUCUACAUAGAAAUGCCCUGAUGGCUGUAAAAGAGGCUAAAGUCAAGUGUGCGGUAAACGACAAGAAUCAGCCCGUGUUUUUCCUGUUUGACAACUGUCAGUCAGAACCUGCUGAUGAAGAGGACGGUGAAGAAUACGGUGACCGUGAUCAAAUGCUGGAUCAUUCAUGGAAUCGCAGUAUGAGAGGAAUGGCAGGCUUUUUCAACUUUUUUGACAGCAUAAAUCCGAAGCCCCUGAAGAUGACUCGAGAUGUGUUACAACAACGAAAGCAGCUGGAGGCACAGAUGUCCAAUCUGAAAGAACAAGUGGAAAUGAUAGAAUUAAAGCAAGAGGAGCUGAAACAAAAUCAAGCAGCUCUGGAGCAGAACAAGGAAUACGUCAAAACCAAUAAAAACUUUGAGUAUGAAGUUGACGUGCUCUACAAAGAAAGGGCGGAUAUUGAUCCCGCCGUAGCCAAAGAGGCGACCUGCUGCAGCGUCUGUGAGGAGAACUGUCAUUACCCAGAAUGCUGGUGGGUCAGAGAUCUCUCAUGGUGUAGCGUGAUGAGAGAAAAGCACUGCAAAGUGUGCACUAAUAGAUGCCACUACAGCAAACACGUCAAAGAAGCCAAAAUAUAUAUAACAAAGACAAGGACAGAGAAGAGGACGUAUGAAGAUUUAAAGAAGGAAUAUGACGGUAAGAUCGGAGAUGGUGUGUCGUUGGUGAAAAAACUGGAAGAAGAACUGCAUGAAUUAGAGAAAAAGAAACUGAAGCUGGUGAUGGAUGCCUUUUACUACGUGGAAAAACUGGAGAUGAUCGCGCUCAACACCGACGCUCUGAUCACGCUCCAGCACAUCGAUUUCAUAAUCAAGAAGCUGAAGGAAAUCCAAGAGCCUGAAAAGGCUGAUGUCCUGGAAGGCAUCAAGAAAAGAGCAGGAACAGAAAAACAAGGAGCGCUUGGAUACGUCUCGAAGCAUUUCCUAAAGAAGUAA